CUCACUCCCCCCGGUGGUGCUCACCAGUAUCGCAAAUGUUUGUGUCAUGACGCAGCGUGCGACGGGUGACGCGGGUUGAGCGGGACGGUUUUGCGGCCCAGGCAGCGGCGAGCGAGAGCGGAUCGAGAGCGGAAUGGCUCCGUCGCCGACCAAGCGUAAAGAACACACUCAAGAGAAAUCCAAAGACAGGACCAAGGAGAAAUCCAGUAUCAAGGACUCGAGUGAGAAAGAACGAGGUCGUGAUAAAACCCGCAAAAGGAGAAGUGCUUCAACUGGGAGCAGCAGCACUAGUUCCAGCUCCAGUUCGGGAUCCAGUUCCACCUCUGCCUCCAGCAGUGGAUCGAGCUCAUCCUCUGCAUCUAGUCGCUCUGGAAGUUCUAGCAGUUCUCGUAGCUCCAGUUCCAGUACUUCCUCUGGAUCUCCAAGCCCAUCCCGGCGCAGGCACACCAACAGGAGGCGCACUCGUUCGAAAUCUAAAUCACCAAAACGAGAUGACAAGGAAAGAAAGAAAAGAAGUCCAACUCCCAGGCCAACGAAAGUGCACAUUGGCAGGUUGACAAAGAAUGUGACCAAGGAGCACAUCAUGGAGAUCUUCUCUACGUACGGGAAGAUUAAACUGAUUGAUAUGCCACUAGACCGCUUCCACCCACACCUGUCCAAAGGCUAUGCCUAUGUGGAGUUUGAAAACCCAGAUGAUACAGAAAAGGCUCUGAAGCAUAUGGAUGGAGGUCAGAUUGAUGGCCAGGAAGUAACUGCGACUGCCGUGUUGGCUCCUCGGCCCAGACCUUUGCCUCGACGAAUGACACCGCCACGUAGAAUGCCGCCACCUCCUCCCAUGUGGCGCCGAACUCCUCCACGAAUGCGGAGAAGGUCCCGGUCACCCCGCAGACGGUCACCAGUCCGCAGACGGUCUCGGUCACGAUCACCAGGACGCCGGCGUCACCGCAGCAGAUCCAGCUCUAACUCCUCACGAUAAAGACUGUAAAUUCUCUGGAGCUUCUGUUCCUAGGCUAGGCUAAAUCUUGAAAUGGAAGCUCAAAAGUCCUUUGGAAAUUUACUGAAUUUUCCCCAUCUCUUACUCUGUUCAGGUUUCGUUUUACUUAAGUUUGGGGGGGGGGGGGGCAUGAGGAGAAAUUCUGUAUUUUAGAUGUUUGCACAUAAUGUGUGCUAUGUUUGGGGUAGGAUGGGGAUGAAAGGGUACAAUGCAGGGCCACAAGACCAUGUUUACUAUGUCUGUGUUGAAUAUGGGCAGAUAUGGAACACUACCCAGUCAUCAAGACAGCAUCUGGAGUCAUUAGUGAUGCUGGUGCAGAUUCCCUUUGUCAGAUUGACCUUUUUAAAAAAAAAUGCAGUGUUGUUGAGACAAAGUAGGUGGUACUCAUGAGUUGCUCUGUUUUGGCAAUAUAGGACUGGUUUGAGCUUUGCUUCAUUAAUGCAAUCCAAGUUGAAAAUGAACAGAAAUAAUGUUUGGGUUCAGAUGUGAGACUUUAAUUCACGUAGUGAUGUUCUACAGGAGUUGCAUACUGACUAGUGACUCUGUCCAGUUGCUUUGGAUUUUUGUAUUUUUUUUUAAGUUGAAUCUUUUGCUGUAUUUAUACUGUUUUUCUGUAUAAGUUCUAUACUUCAAUAAACCAGGAUCACUAUCUGAUA